UCUCUCUGCAUCUUUGGAAUGAUUGGCAGUGUUUUGAACAUGAUCAUACUGCUCCAUCACAGGUUUAACGAUACAACCAGCAUCCUGUUACUAAACCUGUCCGUGGCCGACUUCUUCGUCUCCUCUGCAAACCUGCUUGGCAAAAUACCCAGUGUGUUGUUUCCAUACUACCCUAAGGCGGCCGACGACAUUUUUUGCUUUUAUAUGAUAUACAUACUUGUUCCGAAUCAGACGUGUAUAUUCAUCAGCAUAUAUUUCGUCACUUUAGUUGCCAUCGUGCGCACGGUGGCCGUCACGUUACCGUUCCGUGUUUCGAGUUUGAUCACUAGGUUUCGCGUCAGGCUAGUUUCUGUAAUCGGAGCGGCCGCUAUCAUCUGUCUCGACUCUCCGUUUUUCAAUAUGUUUCGCACUGUGGAAUUUACGUUUGUGGACGAUAAUUAUACAGCUAGAUUUUUAAGUCAUACUACGUACUUCACUGACAACGAGGAGGCACUUGACGUGUACGGUUUAACUUACGGCUUGAUAGUUUCAAACCUUAUUCCGAUUGUAAUCAUCGCGGUAUGCACUGUGAUGAUCAUUACCUCUAUAACGAAAAACUGGAACACGUUGAAAAAACUUUCCUCAACGGAGUCAAAGAUACGAAUCAAGGAGAUGAAAUCGGCCAAGACCUCGCUGGCUGUUUCCAUAUCCAUGAUGGUGACCGUGCUACUUCCAAGCUUUGUGUUUGAAAUGGUUGGAAUGUUCCAAAGUAAUUUGUAUCCCUCGUCAGCUGUACAUCUCAUCGUUGAUGAGAUAAUGUCUCUAGUUUACCAAAGUAAUUCGUCCUUUAAUUUCAUCAUUUACGUGGCUACGAGUCCGAAGUUCGCUAAG